CCGGCGGGAUUGGCCUGGGGCGAGCGGGACCGGGUGGCAGCGCCUCGGACAUCGGAGCUGCCGCUGCCCAACACGGGCCCGCGACACAGGUAAUCAGUAUGCAUUUCCAAAGCUUUUGGCUAUGUCUGGGACUUCUGUUCAUCUCAGUUAAUGCAGAAUUUAUGGAUGAUGGUGUUGAGAUGGAAGAUUUUGAUGAAAAUUCAGAAGAGAUUGAUGUUAAUGAAGGUGAACUUCCCUCAGAGAUUAAUUAUAAGACACCUCAGCCUAUGGGAGAAGUAUAUUUUACAGAAACUUUUGAUAGUGGAAGGUUGGCUGGGUGGGUUUUAUCAAAAGCAAAGAAAGAUGAUACAGAUGCAGAGAUUUCCAUAUAUGAUGGAAGAUGGGAAAUAGAAGAAUUGAAAGAAAACCGAGUGCCUGGUGACAGAGGGCUGGUACUGAAAUCUAGAGCAAAGCAUCAUGCAAUAGCUGCUGUAUUAGCAAAACCCUUCAUUUUUGCUGACAAACCCUUGAUCGUUCAAUAUGAAGUAAAUUUUCAAGAUGGUAUUGAUUGUGGAGGUGCAUACAUUAAACUCCUAGCAGACACUGAUGGUUUGAAUCUGGAAAACUUUUAUGAUAAAACAUCCUAUACCAUUAUGUUUGGACCAGAUAAAUGUGGAGAAGAUUAUAAACUUCAUUUCAUCUUCAGACACAAACAUCCUAAAACUGGAGUUUUUGAAGAGAAACAUGCCAAACCUCCAGAUGUAGACCUUAAAAAGUUCUUUACAGACAGGAAGACUCAUCUUUAUACCCUUGUAAUGAAUCCAGAUGACACAUUUGAAGUACUAAUUGAUCAAGUAGUUGUAAACCAAGGAAGCCUCCUAGAAGAUGUGGUUCCUCCUAUCAAUCCUCCCAAAGAAAUUGAAGAUCCCAGUGAUAAAAAGCCCGAUGAAUGGGAUGAAAGAGCAAAAAUCCCUGAUCCUUCUGCUGUCAAACCAGAAGACUGGGAUGAAAGUGAACCUGCCCAAAUAGAAGAUUUAAGUGUUGUCAAACCUGAUGGCUGGCUUGAUGAUGAACCAAAAUUUAUUCCAGAUCCAAAUGCUGAAAAACCUGAUGACUGGAAUGAAGACAUGGAUGGAGAAUGGGAGGCACCUCGUAUUUCUAAUCCAGCAUGUCGAAUUGGGUGUGGUGAGUGGUCACCUCCCAUGAUAGAUAAUCCCAAAUACAAAGGAGUAUGGAGACCUCCAAUGAUAGAUAAUCCUAACUACCAGGGAAUCUGGAGUCCUCGAAAAAUCCCGAAUCCAGAUUAUUUUGAAGAUGAUCAUCCAUUUCUUCUGACUUCUUUCCGUGCUCUUGGUUUAGAGCUUUGGUCUAUGACCUCUAAUAUUUACUUUGAUAAUUUUAUUAUCUGCUCAGAAAAGGAAACAGCAGAUCGCUGGGCUGCAGAUGGGUGGGGAGUGAAGAUACUGGUAGCAAAUGCUAACGAGCCUGGUAUAUUUAAACAGUUAAUGGCAGCUGCUGAAGAGCGCCCAUGGCUUUGGCUCAUUUAUUUUGUGACAGCAGGGCUUCCAAUAGCAUUAAUUGCUUCAUUUUGUUGGCCAAGAAAAGUCAAGAAAAAAUAUGAAGAUUCAGAGUAUAAAAAGACUGACAUAUGCAAGCCACAAACAAAGGGAGCACUAGAGCAAGAAGUGAAGGAAAAGAAAGCUGCCCUGGAGAAACCAGUAGACUUGGAAGAAGAAAAAAAGCAAAGUGAUGGUGAAACUGUUGAAAAAGAAGAGGAAGCUGAACCUGAGGAAAAGAGUGAAGAAGAAAUUGAAAUCAUAGAAGGACAAGAAGAAGGUAAUAAAUCAAAUAAGUCUGGAUCAGAGGAUGAGAUGAGAGAAGCGGAUGAGAGCACAGGAUCUGGAGAUGGGCCAGUGAAGUCAGUGCGCAAAAGAAGAGUACGGAAGGAAUAAACUAUAUUCAAGUAUUUUUAAUUCCUGAGCGAGAUACUUGGCAUUCUAAAAUCAGUGUGCCAGAGCUGAACUUGAGUCAGUCUGCACAUGUUUCUAAUAUCUAGCAAUGUUAUUCUUUUAGACACUUAUUUUAGUCUUUCUUUUCAGGAAAAAAAAAACUUUCAAGUUACCUGGUCUUUGAAUUUAGAGUAAAAAAGAGGGACAUGUUACGUAUCAGAUUUAAGAGACUAAUACCAUUAGAAGUUACCAAAUUUUAAUAGUUGGAGAAAGUUUUGGUUUGUACAGAGCAAAAUAAUAUGCAGCUUUGCUGCUGUUGGAAAAUCAGUUAUUGGAAUUUCCUCUUAAACAGCUAUACAACAAUAUAACUGGUAGUUCUAUAAUAAAAAUGAGAGUGUGUUCUGUUGUACAGAGCUAACUGCAAUAAAGUUUCUGUAUGGUUGUUUGACUCUAUCAACAAUUUAAAGAGUUGUAUGUGUCCCCAUUUGCUUAGUUGUGUCAAAUUACAGUUAUGACCUAUUGUUCACUUAAAUUAUAGAUUUCUUUAAAGAGGUGCUUUGUUGACAAGUCAGCAAAACAGAAAUGUCUACGUGUCAUUCAUAGAAUCACUGGUUAAUAGUGCAGCAUAUUUUACAUUUGAAUUCAAAGAUAAUAGGUUCAUCACAAUAUAAUGGUGUACAGAUACUUUUUAAGCUUUUAUAAUUGCUUUAUGCCAGAAAGGCUUACCCUACACUCAGAAGAUUGCUUAUGCAUACGUUGUUCCUGAAAGUAAAAUUUAGAUAUUUUUUCUUCUUUAAGUUAUACCCUCUUAAUAGGUAAAGUAUCAAGGGGGAAGCUUUAAAUUAUUUUCUCUUUCCUGGUCAUUAAGAGAUUCUAAUAGCUAAGCCAUCAAUCAUCAUGCUUUGUAUUUUUUAUCUUUUUUCCUGACAAAUUCAAAUCUAUUCUUAGCUUCAAAGCUGCCUCUCAGGUAGAUAGUAGGUAUUUCUCCUCUUUUUUAAAAUAGUUACCAGAAAUCACAGAACUACAUUAUAAUGGAGCUGUGUUAUUCCAUUUAAAAUAUUUUAAGAACUUUUUAUGUUUGGGUAAUAGGCUAGACCCUUUGGAAGGGGAUUUGAAUCUUUGAGACCAUGGAACUACUUUGAUACUAUCUAGGGAACUUUACACCAACUACUGGGUAAUAUUUUGGAUUUCUUUGUGUGCAUAUACCCUCCAUCCUUGGGCAGGCUCCAGCUCCGUUCCCAUACAGCCUGCUCCCUAGCAGUACAGUUAGAGCCCAUGUAUAAGGAAAAUGAGUCUCGCGCUUCUCUUUUUACUUACGUUAAACCAAACAGCCAGUAAUACUAUUCUCUCCUUAUUUCAGAAAGUGAAUUGAAAAUAAGUGCUUUAUUCUCAUUGCUAUGUACCGACUUCGUAAUUGGUGGUGGAAAAUCUUAAUAGUUAACCAUAUUUUAUGUUUAUUUAAUACUAACUGAACUUUACACAUCUUGCAAAGGCUCCCUUUCUUGCUUUGUAUUUGGAACAUCCAAAUGAGCUAGACAUAUUGAGUGAUUCUAGAGGACACUGUUUCUGAAGGUAAACUACUUCAAGAGAUAAAUCCUUAAUUUUAUGGAAACCUUUUUGCUUGACAAGUGUCUUGUAUGUGAACAUUUUUUCCUAUAGAUUUAUUAAAGUUUUUUUCUUUUUUUUUUUAAAUUUUUUUAAAGUUUUUUUUCUUUCUUGGUUGCAGAUUCAUUUUACUUUUAGUGUUUGGUUAAACUCCAUGAGCUUGCACUGGUAAAAUCUGAGCAACCUGUUUUGCCAGCGCACUGCUACUUCCUGUGGAUGGACCCUCUAUGGAUGUAUCACGGCUGAUAGGUUUAACCAAAACGUAAACUUUUAUUUAUAUAAGUACAUAUGCUAGAUCCAUGUAGUAGACAAAGCACAGUCUUCUUAAUAACAAG